AAACACAAAAACAAAGUAUGAUCAACAAUGGCGCCGCCCUAUAGAAAACAGUAUAAAAUCAUUUUGUUAUUAUUAAUAUUUUGUUUAAGUGAUACUGGAGGGCAAUACGAUGAAUACACAAGGUAUUCAAACGGAUAUCAACAAAACAUUCCUAAUUCGUAUGACGAAUUUGGCCCACGGCCACCAUAUAUUCCCAAUAAUCCAGAGUAUGAUCAUAGUUCUACAUACUUAUAUAAAGGGAGAAGAUAUGGACAGAAUUAUAACUCAAAUUAUUACGGCCAAAGGCCAGGAGAUCCUAGAAUCAGAGGACAGGAUGAAAGAUUUUCAUAUGAUAGGGCUGGAAUUGCAGAACCUAUUUUACCUGGAAUUCUAGGAGGCUGGCGAGAAGAUCUACAAGGCAAAAAAAGGGACCAAACUAGGGAAAAACUAAGGGAUGUAUUUGUUGAUACAGUUUAUGGAACUGUUCAAGGUUUUCAAGUUUACCUUUUUGACAAUCCUGAUCCAGAAUCCUUAUAUAGACCAGGCUCAGAAUUCAUCGAAAGACAGCAAGGUAUUGCAAGUGCCUUUUUAGGUAUUCCAUAUGCUCAACCACCUGUUUUUGAAGGUAGAUUUAAGCCCCCAAGGCUUCACAAAAGCUGGCAAUUAAUGCAGGCAGUGGAUUUUGGUCCAGCAUGUCCACAACCAGCUAGAUACACAGGUGCUACUUUAGGAAUACGAGAUGUUGAUGAGGAUUGCUUGUAUCUUAAUGUUUUUACUCCUGACAUAACAGAAGGAACAGGACACAAAUAUCCAGUAAUGAUCUAUAUUCAUGGUGGUGACUUCAUUCAUGGAGCUUCUAACACAUUUCCUGGUCACAUCAUGGCUACCUUCUACAAAGUUGUGGUUGUUACAUUUAACUACAGACUAGGAGCUUUAGGAUUUUUGAGUACAGGUGAUGUAAAUUCCCCUGGAAAUUAUGGGAUACUGGAUCAAGCAAUGGCUGUAAAAUGGGUGUAUGACAAUGCAGAACAUUUUAAUGGUGAUAGAGAUAGUAUAACACUAUUUGGACCUGGUGCUGGAGCUGCUUCUGCUGGGUUGCUUAUGGUUGCUCCCCAAACAAGUCAUAUUGUUACUAAAGUCAUUGCACAGAGUGGUUCAGCAGUUGCAGAUUGGGCAAUGAUAUUUGACAGAUACAGAGCUCAGAAUACCAGUAGAGUUUUUGGAAGACAAAUUGGAUGUAGUAUAGAAUCAUCAUGGAAACUGGUAAAUUGUCUUAAAAAUUCUAGAAGUGCUUUCGAAAUAGGUAAUGCUGAAUUCCCGCCUGAGGUAGGCCUUUUUCCUUGGGCACCUGUCAUAGAAAUGAAUGUGACAGUGCCUGACUAUGAAGGAUGGGAUAGAAAAGAUUGGCAUUUUAUCAGUGACAAUGUUGAAACUCUAAUCAAGAAGAGGUCAUUUAACCAAGGUUUGCGGUAUAUGUCAAGUGUUACCUUACAAGAGGCAGCUGGAUUUAUAACUUCCAACAAAACAUUGGAGCCCAAUUUCAGAAUAAAUCAAGAUUUUUUUUGAUCAAAAAGUAAGAGAGCUGGUUUUAAGAUACAACUACACUUUAAAUCCCAAUGGAAUAUUCGAUGCAAUAAAGUAUAUGUAUACGUAUUGGCCUGAUCCAGAUAAUGUUACACACAUAAGAAAUGAAUAUAUACAGCUACUUUCUGACUUUUUAUACACUGCUCCAAAUGAUAAAAUGGUAAAACUAUUGAUUGAACAAAAUGUACCAGUCUAUAUGUACGUAUUAAAUACUACUGUGGAAUCAUUUAACCUUUCCGAAUGGAGAAAAGUUCCCCAUGACAUCGAGCACUACCUUUUAUGUGGAGCGCCAUUCUUAGAUAUUGAAAUGUUACCUUCCGAAGAACGAUUUGUUCGUGAUCAGUGGACGAGAAACGACAGAAAUAUGAGUCACUUCUUCAUGAAGGCAUAUUCGGAUUUUGCUAGAUAUGGAAAUCCUACUCAUACUCAAAUUUUAGGGCUACAUUUUGAAGAAUCUAAACACGGACAGCUAAAAUAUCUAAAUUUGAAUACAACUUAUAAUUCUUCAAUAAUGUGGAACUUUCGACAGACCGAAUCAGCUUUCUGGUCUCAAUAUAUUCCUACUUUGGUGGGCCAUCUCGUACCUACUUAUCCACCUACAACGGAGUUUUGGUGGGAACCAAGAGCGCCAUUGCAAAUAGCAUUCUGGAGUGUUUCAGGAGCUUGCUUGUUGUUAAUUGUACUUCUUGUCAUUUGCUGUAUUUUAUGGAGGAAUGCAAAGAGGUCAUCAGACAGAUACUACAACCCUUAUCUUUACACAACUGACAAUGACGCGGACAAUGAUGGUAUCGAGAACAACCGCAGUCCUGAAGUUAACGAGUACAUAGAAAAAUACGGUACUCGCAUAGUACCUCCCCGCUCCUACAGCGAGUCUUCAUUCCACAGUGUUUCCAUGAAAGAGAUGCAAGGUUUUGUAAAUAGCAACCCUAGUGUAGAGUCUCAUCCUGCUAGACAGGGUACGCCAACUGCACCAGUUAAACGAAAAAAACAAACUGAGUUGCCGCCAAGCAUUCCUCAAACAGACGUUUAGAAAAGUCGUACUUCGAUUUCAAAAAGCCUUUAAAUUUUUUAAUAUGUAUAAACAAAUGUUUUUGUGUAAAACUUAGUUAUAAAUUAAGUUUAACACUAAGGAAUCAAAAUGUUGAAUGUUGUUUUUAAGUUUAAGUUUUUUGCUGCUAUAUUGAGGCAUCUUAGGGAACAAUGAAUCAAAAUAAUGUGUUCAAAUUAUAUUUUAAGAUUAUUAUAAUAUAGUACCUAAAAUUUUUUGUGUGGUAUGUCGAGUUCUGUUCAAUGAAAACCAUAGAAACACAUAGAAAUCCGAACACCCAUAAAUCAUUAUAUUUUGAAAAUAGUUUGUAGAAUUAUGCUGGGCAGCAAAAUAAACAAACGCUAUGAUUGAAAUAACUGACAGGGGUAAAUCAAUUAAAUUACUCAUGGAUGUGCCUGUGUUCGUUUCUGAUUAGGUGGUCAAUAUUCUUCUGAGGGUUCGCGUUCCAUGCCCUAAUUAACUACUCCCUUUUGUGAAUUGAAACUCGUUCCUGACAAUCAGUUACUCUUUCCAAAAAUUUAACAUCUCUUGACAAGAAUACCUUAUUCUCUUCCUUAACCCAAAUUUUGUGUCUUUCUUCUCCAUCAUAACCAAUCAAAUAGCCUUUUGUCUAUUUUCUUUCUUGUUUGCAUUGGAACGUGUGCCUAAUACGUUGUAGUUAUGAUUCUUAGGUGAUUUAUUUUAGGUUUCUUAGCUAUCCAUAACUAAUUUCCCUUUUACGAUUGACUUUUCUGUUGGAUUCAGGAUAUAAAUUGCUGUACCACCUAGUUCUGCCCAUAAAGAUUCAAGGAACUAUACUUUAGAAUUAGAUUACCUCUAUUUUCUGACCAUUUCAAGGUGUGUACGGAGCGGUUAAUCUCUGAGUGAUUCCGUGUUAUUUUAAAAUAGUUUGGACGUCUUCAUUGUCGAAUUUUCCACCAUUAUCACUAAGUAGUUUUUUAAUCUUAUGUCC